GCUAGUUGAAAAGAGUCGUAAAUGUAUGGGGUUGUAAUCUUGUCAUUUUAGAAGCAUCAUCCUUUAGCUAAUUCUUGGUGCCUCGGAAACACAUUAAUACAUGAUGAAGACAAAAUUCAUUUUUAUUAACCUUUCUGUCUCAUUCAAAUUGAGCUGAAGCUUAUUCAAACCAAAUGUGCCAUUAAUUCUAAAUAUUUCAGGGAAGGGCUAAGUAGAAGAGAACAGCAAUGGCUGCAAGUUGUGAAUUUGAAGGCAUCUUCCCAUUGGCAGGAGUCCAGUCUGUCUCUGAUCUGAGGAUUGUGUUACUGGGAAACAGAACAGCAGGGAAAACUUCUUUGGCUAACCUGAUAAUAAGUCACGCAGAGUCUCAUCCGAGGAGAACAGCCCAGUGUGUUAAGAUGCAGGGAGAUUUUGCCGGAAGGCACAUCACUGUAGUUGAUACGCCGGGUUGGUGGAAGAACUUCAAUGUAAAAGACACUCCUGAAUUUCAAAAACAAGAGAUAGUGCUUAGCCUGGCUCAUUGUCCUCCCGGGCCUCAUGCUGUUUUGCUGGUCAUACGCGUGGACACUUUAUACAAAGAGAAACAUAGAGUAUCAGCAAAAGAACACCUGGAGCUUCUGAGUCCAAGGGUUUGGAAUCACACUAUAGUUGUGUUUACGUACAGGGACCAGAUACAGGAACAAACUCUUGGAAAGCAGAUUGGAAGUGAAGGGGAAUCUCUACUGCUUUGGCUCGUGGAGAGAUGUGGCCACAGAUAUCAUGUUGUUAAUGUAGACCGAGCCACCGGCACUCAGGUUACGGGGCUGUUGGAGAAAAUAGAUGCAAUGGUUGUGGGGAACGGUGGCUGCCAUUUUGAAUUGGACAGGAAGUGGUUACAUGAGGUUGAAGGAAUGAUGACGAAGAGAUACAUGAGAGCAAACCAGAGGAGGAAGAUGAUACAGGAACAACGGGAAGCUCCACUUACGUAUCUGGGUCACAAACAGUCCCACAUUUCCAAUAUGAGAAUGGUAAUAUUAGGUUUUCGAAGAGCUGGAAAAAGUUCAGCAGGAAACACCAUUCUAAGCAUGGCGAAGUUCGCCUCGAAGACAACCACCCAGUGUGUGAGGAGAGAUGGAGAGGUUGCAGGAACACGCGUGACUCUAGUGGACACACCAGGCUGGUGGAAGUCUCUCCCACUAUCUGACACAGCUCAACUGGUUAAAGACGAGAUAUUACUCAGCAUGUCCCUCUGUCCUCAAGGACCCCACGCUUUUCUACUGACCCUUCGUGUCGAUGUGUCAUUCACAGCAGAAGAGCGGAGAUCUGUGGAGGAACAUCUCAAACUUCUCGGUGAGGGAGUCUGGGGUCAUACUAUAGUGCUGUUCACUCAUGGAGAUUGUCUAGGGGAUUUAACGGUUGAAGAGUUCAUAGAGAGCGAAGGGGAAGCUUUACAGUGGCUGAUUGAGAAAUGUCAGAACAGGUAUCAUGUCCUUAACAAUGAGAAUUGGGAUGAUGACGCUCAGGUCACACGGCUGCUGGUAAAGAUAGAGAAGAUGGUGGCAGAAAAUAGAGGCCAUUAUUAUGAAAUUGACCGCAGGACUCUAAAGGAGGUAAAACAGAAACGGAAAGCAACAGAAAAGAAGGCAAAGGCAAGAGCGAAGCAACAAAAACCUGUGAGAAAGACAAAUGGAAUACAAGGCACUGGAGAUCGUUUUUCUGAGUUUUGUCUUGUGCUGCUCGGUUACGGAGAGGCUGGGAAAACUUCAGCGGGAAAUACCGUGCUUGGCAAACAGGCGUUCGGAACAGGAAGAACAUCCCGGUGUGUUCUAAAGCGUGUAGAGAUGGCCAGGGGGACGUUGAGCAUCGUUGACACUCCUGGCUGGUGGAAACAUCUGCCCAUAGAGGACACACCUGAACUGCAUAAAGAAGAACUUGUGCGAAGUCUGUCACUUUCUGCGCCAGGACCAGUUGCUUUUAUUCUUGUCCUCCGUGUAGACUGUUCCUUCCAAGAGCGAGAGCGGAAGGUAAUGGAAGACCAUCUGAAGCUGUUGGGUUCCCCAGUCUGGGAUCAAAGUAUGAUUCUGUUCACUUUUGGGGACCUCCUUGGAGCGCGAGACAUUGAGCAGCACAUUGAAUGUGAGGGAGAAGCCCUGCAGUGGCUUGUUGACAGAUGUGGCAACAGGUAUCAUGUGUUUAAUAAUAAGGUUAAAGGUGAGAGUCACCAGGUCAGAGAGCUGCUGGAAAAGAUAGAGGAGAUGAUUGCAGUGAGUGGAGGGAGUGAUGAGAUGGACAUGCAGGUGUUGCAAGAGGUGACAGAGAGGAGGAAGGUGGAGGAAGAGAGAUCACUAACAAGAUUGAAGAUAAAGAAACACGUAGAGGAAGAUGGAUCCAAUUUAUUCCAAAGUGAUGAAGAUGAUGUAUUUAUCUGAACAUCAAUAUGGUAGAGAUGAGGUGUGCAUAAAGAGCUAGUAUGGUUGUAGAUUUAUUUAAAGAAUGAAACAUUACUGGUAGUGUUUUUGCAAUAGGGUAAAACAUUUUCAAGCGUGCAAUAUGCCAGGGGUCUUCACCGGGGUCCGCCAGUUUAUUUGAUCUUGAGCUCAUUUUCGUGAAAGAAUAAAAGUAUGUAUCAAACACAAAUAAAAAAAGAACAUUAGCUACAACCAUAAACGCAUUAAAGCUUGAGGUAUGAUUCAUUUUGCCUCCCACAGCACACAUAAAACAAAUGUGUAUACGUAUGACUUUAUUUAAAAGUAAAAUGAAUACACAUAAAAAUAUGUACAUUUAAAUGUAUAAAUAUAUGACGCUAUAUAAACAUACACUGUUAAAAUGAUGCUCAGUAAGUCAAGAUAGAACUAUAAUAUACUUUAAUGUAAUAUUAAUUUAAUAUAAUAUAAUUUAGAUGAAAGUUCCUUGUAAGGCCAAUUUAACUUGAAAAAAUAUAUAUUUGUAUAAAAAUGAAACCACAUAAAGUACAUAUCCUACAUGUAAAAUUAAAAUGUAUAUUUUAAGAUAUUUUAUUCAUAAUAUAUGAAAUAAAUGUACAUUACUGGCACAACAUAAGUAUUUAAAUACAUUAAUAAACUACCACACAAAUAUUAUUAUGCCAGGCUUUAAAUAAUACUUUGUUGUACAGAAUAACAUGCAUCACAGUUCUGCUCCAUCUCUUUAAAGCUGGCCUGAAAGAUCUCUGUAAGGUGCUGUAUACAGUAUGUGAUAUAUGUAGGGCUCUAGCUCUGUCUUAAUGUGGAAAUGGAUUCAUCUGGAAAGCUUUUCCCAUAUUCUUUCUUUCAUAACACAUGGACUCACUAGCAUCAAGAAUAUUAACAUUCGCACAAAACAUUGCUGUGGGCACAAGCUGAAGACAAAUGCAAAUGAGACGCCACAACAAUUUUUUCAGGGUAACAUAAACAAACAAAUGAUAAAUAACAAACCAAGGGGAAGGAACAGUGUCACAAUGUCAUUAGAUGAGGCAGCAUCAUUCCUGAAUUUAAAGACUGAAUGUGUUUAGUAAGUUAUGAAAACAGCACACCAUACAGCCAAAGGGCUGAGAUUAAUAUUCCUGUUCAUCAUUUACUGUUAGGAAAAUGUUCACUUCUCUUUAUUCAUACAGUCAAGAUGUUUUCAUCCUCCUUUAUCAUCUGAAUGAACUACACAGGUUAGCUGCAGGUACUCCGAUUGAAUUUACACUAACUGAUCACAUAUUUAAAGUCGAUAUAAACCAUGACUGUAUAUUGGAUUGGAAAUCUAGAGAAACUCACGCCAAACAGAUCCGGGUGUGCUUCAAAAAUUCUAGUGUGGAAGUGAUUUGGGUGAAUGGAGCAGCUCAGUUUUAAUAGCAGUUUUUUGGCCAACCUGAUAAAAAGAUAUUUCACUUUCCCAUCUUGUCCUUCAUCAUAAAUUUGACAUAACAUUUUCUUAUGAACAGUAGCAACGUACAUUCAAAACACAUUUAAGGUAUAUGUGUAUUAUUUAUGAUGUAGAACAACGUUGAACAGCUUUAUAAUCACUGUUAACCGCAAACCUUAAUUUAUUUAUAAACUCAAAACUGCUAUCCUUAAAGCUCUGACUUCAGUAGGAAACCCUGCAAAACGAAAGGAAAUGUUGACGAUAUUACACGUGAUGUUAAAGAGUAGCAGGGGAAAUGUGGAGAAUGUGAAAAAUGGAUCAAAUGAAAAGGGCAAAGCUGAGAAAUGUCAUGAAGACGGUGAGCUCUGAAGAGGUUACAGCAUGAGACAGAAUAUAGGGAAGGCAGAUGACAGAGUGUCUUGCAAGUUGGCCCUUUAAACUGUACCCGCCCUUAAAACUGUACCCACCCUCCCUCUCACACACAGCAUUUGAAUAAUUCAUGUUCACUACUUUACUCUAGCCAAUGAAGACUAUAAUUAAUUGAGGCUUGCUAUACAGAGGUAUAGAAUUAGGGAGGGAUUGUUUUAAAACUGGACAGCUGUGAGGGGGCAGGACAUGUUUAAUACUAUAAUCAUGUAAAGCAGAACUUAGUGCUCACGAAAUCAAUGUGACAUGAGAGCAACUUCAGGACAUCAAGUGUCUGUUUGUGGGGGAUAUGUGGUUUAUGAGAACAUAGAUGGAAAAGUUUCUAUGUCUUUAUGAAAAACAAAGUUUCUGGAAAGGUUAGGUACAGUAUGUGUUUGUUGGGUGGAUGCUGUGAUGGGGUGAUGCGAUUUCCUGAAGCUCGGUGGUUAGAGCAUUGUGUUAACAAAGCAAGGUCGUGUGUUCGAUCCCAGGGGACUGCACCUGCUUAGAAACAUAAUGUAUAGGAUAAUGCAAUGUAAGUCGCUUUGGAUAAAAGCGCAUGCCAAAUGCAUAAAUGUAUAUGGGUACAUUAUGGCUCUUUCUCUUUUAGAGUAAAAGCUAAACACUGAAUAGCACAAUGUUGAUGUCCUUGUCUUUACAUUUUUGUCUUAUCUUUUUUAAGUGUAUAUUGUGUUAUGGAAUCUGUGUUAUAAUAGGGGUC